UUAUUAUUGCCGUCAUCGGUUGUUAUUAUUUUAUCACUAUUGUAAAAUCGUUUUAUUUUUUUUUUUCUCAAUUAUUCGCGAGUUACGCGUAGAAUUUUUGUGUGUCCGAAAUACCCCCCCAAAACAGUGUCGUAUCCGUACAGAAAAACAAGUGCGGAAACAUUUUUACGAUUAAAGUUUUUUUGGGGUAUUUUUCGAGAAUAAAAUUUUUAUCACCACUUAAAACAUUCCGAUUAGUAUCUUUUUUUUUUUUUUUUAAUUUGUUUUCAUCACCCGCGAUUCGGGUAGACAAUCUAUUGACCCAGACACACUAGCGGUUUUUCUGUUACAGUCGAACAUUCGAAUGCGUUCGCAGAGAUGAAAGACCAGACAUCAUUCAAAUUUUUUACGUGUUAAACGCUGUCUUUAAAAGCUUUUUGUACGAUAAUUAUUGUGUUUUUCACGGUAAUUAUGCGUAACACGUGAUAUGGAUGUCCAGGCUAUGCAGUCUAUGGAUUGGCUCUUUAAAAAGGAACGUAUCUAUCUACUGGCUCAAUUUUGGCAACAGAGAGCUACUUUGGCAGAAAAAGAAGUGACUGCCCUGAAGGAAAAGUUGACCAACAACAAAGCACAAGACACGAACGUCAUGACCAUGGCCACGCCUCUGAGUAAUCAUGUCGAAUCCACCGAGGAUCAAAACAAGACACCUGCCGAACUUGAACUUUCGGCCAAAGAAAAAGAGAUUUCACAAUUGGUGGAGGAUGUACGCAGACUGCAAUCUAGUAUCGGUAAACUACAAGAUCACACAGCAAAAGAGAUUGCUCGACUUGAAGAAGAGUUACAUGAUAAAAGACAACACAUUAUGAGACUUGAAGCCAGAUUGGACGCUCAGAGAGACUACGAAGAAGUUAAACGACAGCUAUGUGUACUGAAGGCCGUCGAAUGUUCAGACGACCGUAAUAACAAGUCACCAAACAACAACAAAUCUGAAAAUACACAAGGCACAUCACCUCAACAACAACAGAGGUCGUCUUGCAGUCCCGUACCUGAAAUUCAAAAUGAUUUUUCAGUUCCGGUGGCCCCACCCCCUCCCGGGCUACAAAACGUCGAACAGUUUGGCCCGAUACUCGGCGAAGAGAUCGUGGCCAACUGGCGAAGAUCCCUCGAAUGCAAUAAAUAUGAACAAAAGAAAGUCUAUACUUCUCCAAACCGACAUGAAACUACCGACAAGGAAAAAUCACCAGGUUUAGAAUCUAUCAAAACACCACCUCCGAGCUCGUCUCCAGCACCUACUUCACCGUCUAUCACGGUUCAACCAGCGCGAUCUGCUAGUAGGUCCGGAACACCAUGCAAAUCGCCUACAAGUGAAUCAAACAGUUCACCGCGACUAAACAAUAGUUCUCCUCAUAAUAAUAACAAUAACCCAUCUCAGUUGAACAACAACAACAACAACAAUAUUCCCGCAGGCCUCAUAAAUGGUCUCUGUGGUCUUAAUGUUGGUCUCAACAAUAACAUUUUAGGACCUGCUGGUGCUUUAGGCUUUGACUUGAUAAAGUCGCCUUUUGAUCACAGGUCUCCUUAUCGAUUUGGAGAUGGUGAUUGUACCAUGGUUGGACGUUUUGGCGAAUCACUUAUACCGAAAGGUGAUCCUAUGGAAGCUAGACUUCAAGAAAUGCUCAGGUAUAAUAUGGACAAAUAUUCUACCCAAAACUUGGAUACAUUACAUAUAGCUCGUCGCGUACGUGAACUACUAUCCAUCCAUAACGUGGGCCAAAGGUUGUUUGCCAAAUAUAUUCUCGGACUUUCCCAAGGGACCGUCAGUGAAUUGUUGUCAAAACCUAAGCCGUGGGACAAGCUGACUGAAAAGGGACGCGAUAGCUAUAGGAAAAUGCAUGCAUGGGCAUGUGACGAGAACGCGGUUAUGCUACUCAAGUCGUUGAUACCGAAAAAAGACUCUGGCAUACCUACGGUAAUGGGAAGAACUGAUAAUGACGUCACCGAUGAAAGGAUUGUACAUAUAUUGAACGAAGCAAGUCAAAUGAUGAAACCUAAUCAACAGCAAGACGAUACUCAAAGCAAUGACGAAAGCACUUCACCAAAUCAAUUAAUUAGGAGUACUUCCCCGUCCAGACAAAGACCCAAAGAAGAUAUUCCGCAAGAACAAGUAGCCCGGCUGUACCAAGAAGAGCUAUCUAAAAUCAUGGGAAAACGUUUAGAAGACUCUAUGAGAAGCGGCGAACAGCCGUUUGCAGGCUGGCUUUUCCCUCAUUUCUUCGGAAAUCAUACUGGCAACCACGAUGAUAUUCGAACUGCAUUAGAUGCUUAUCACCGAGAAUUAUCAAAAUUACAAAACUGCCCACAGAACCAAUUGUCAGGAUUAUUAGCUCUUCAACAACAAGCUGCCGUUGCAGCAAUGUCAAACAACAACAAUAAUAACAAUAACAAUACUAUACAAGGAACUGGUAUAGCCCAAGACUUGUCUUUACCAAAAGAUAGAAAAGAUAUAUAUCCGUUUGUACAACGAAAAGAUUUUGCUGUUAAAGUAAAUGGAACUGAGGUUUCAGACAAAGAGUCUGAAACUGUAGCAGAAGCAAUGAAACAAGCCGGAAGUGCUUUUUCACUUGUGCGACCUAAGACAGAACAAAGUGGUACAUCUUCUGUAGGAAGCUCAGCUAGCUCACCAUUAGGUAACAAUAUUUUACCUCCCGAGGAUUUCGGUCAAUCUGCUGCAGUCAGUCCACUUCAAAGAAUGGCUUCAAUUACAAACGCUUUAAUUUCUCAACCCACAACUCCACAUCAUCAUUCUCCUUCGCAGAGACCUCUAAAAGCUGUAUUGCCACCAAUUACUCAGCAACAAUUUGACCAAUUUAAUAAUUUGAAUACUGAAGAAAUUGUAAGGAAAGUCAAAGAGCAACUUAGUCAAUUUUCAAUCAGUCAAAGACUAUUCGGAGAAUCUGUAUUGGGUCUUUCUCAAGGAAGUGUAUCCGAUCUCUUGGCUAGACCAAAACCAUGGCAUAUGUUGACUCAAAAAGGAAGAGAACCUUUUAUAAGGAUGAAAAUGUUUUUGGAGGAUGAUAAAGCUGUACAUAAACUAGUUGCUUCCCAAUAUAAAAUUGCACCAGAGAAGCUUAUGCGAACUGGAGGAUAUGGUGGAUCAAGUCCUAUGAAUCAGAAUUUAGUAAAAUCAACACACACUUUUGGUGGUAAAAUGACCCCUUCACCUCUCGAUCUCUUAAAAGUUAGUGGAGAUGCGGAUCGCCAAACACCACAUCAUCAUAUACUUACCUCAAUGUGCAACACGUCUACAACAAUGUCAGAAGAUUCUGAUAUGGCGUCUUCACUACAAUCGCCAAGCAACCAUCAUAUACAACUUCAGUCUCCAGGUGGACAUCACCACGCAACUUCAUCUACUGCUUCUUCAUUAAUAUCAACGGGUAGUCAACUUGCAUCUAUGAUGGUCACUGACAAUAAACUUAAAGCAAGUCCAAUACCAAAUAACGGAAUUCCGCAAAACCUGAUGUUACAACACGUGGCUGCAGCUUUCCAAAAUUCGGGAACACGUCAUCCACCUGCAGUUGUGCCAUCAGUUUACGAGAUGGCUGCUCUAACGCAAGAUCUAGACACACAGACUAUUACUACUAAAAUCAAAGAAGCACUCCUCGCUAAUAAUAUUGGACAAAAAAUUUUCGGUGAAGCUGUACUGGGACUCUCUCAGGGAUCAGUUAGUGAAUUGCUAUCAAAGCCUAAGCCAUGGCAUAUGCUAAGCAUUAAAGGCCGUGAACCAUUCAUCCGAAUGCAACUUUGGCUAUCUGAUCAACAUAAUGUGGAAAGAUUGCAAGCUAUUAAAAGUGAACGGAGAGAGUUGAACAAAAGAAGACGAGGUUCUGGACAACAAGACAAUGGAAGUGACACAUCUUCGAAUGACACUUCGGACUUUUAUCACAGUGGUACUAGUAGUCCUCCAUCUGCCGCAAAAAAACAACGAGUUCUAUUUUCCGAUGAACAAAAAGAAGCAUUGAAAUUAGCGUUUGCCCUGGAUCAAUACCCAAGUGUGGGUACAAUUGAGUUUCUUGCAUCGGAAUUAAAUUUAGCGACUAGGACAAUAACGAACUGGUUCCACAAUCAUAGAAUGAGAAUUAAGCAACAAUCUCCUCAUUCUGAUUCACAGCAACAACAAUCACAAACUGGUCCUGGAUUCGACCCAAUUCAGUUUAGAAUUCUCUUAAGUCAUCGACUAGGUUUCGGUGGCCUUCCAAUACCGUUUAAUGCAGGAAACCCUUAUUUGCAACAUGGCACUGAUCUAUCUUCUUUCAUACCAAUGUUGACAUCAUCCUCUUCUGCCACUGUGGAUGAGCAAAUGUCCGGAUUGGAUUUGAGCGUGAAACACGAAGUAGAUACUGACUUUGAUGACGAAGACAGCCGGUCGGAAGAAUCGGAACCUAGAGAAGAAAUCCCGGCCGUACCUGUAGUCGGAAGUUCUCGCAGAAAACCAGCUGCUCCACAAUGGGUCAACCCAGAUUGGUUGCAAUCCGAACAGAAGCAGCAACAGCAGCAAUCCGAAGUAAUUAUAAAUGGCGUUUGCGUAAUGCAAGCGGCUGAUGGUUGCGCUGAGAGAAGAAGAUCGGAGACCAUUCGAGUAGAACCGUCGGAUGUCAACGACGAAGAUAAGUCUGGUAGAUCUACACCAUCAGAAGCCAGUUCCUUAAAACAAGAAUCAGAUGGCGAACACGAACAGGAAGCUAUCAGUGUUAAGGAAGAGAAAUCGUGGAACAACGAAUUUUAGAGAUUAGGCCAACGAAAUGUUACCGCAAUCUACGUGUGUAACAGAUUAUGACAUAGUUAAUUUUUUUAUAACGUUUUGUAUACACCGUUUGUAAAUAGUUAUUAUACAUAUAAAUAUAUUAUUAUAAAAAUCAUAUACUAUAUUAUAUAUAUAAAUAUAAAGAAUGUGCAAUUUUUUAGACUUAAAUACGCAUCCCAAAAAUUGUUUGAUUUGUAUCACUUAAGUGGUCCUAUAUUUUUUGUGAUUAUAUAGUUUCUUCAUUACAACUUACUAUUUUGUUUAAAUUUAAUGUUAGUGUGAAAACAAACUUUAAAACAGUUUAAAAUAACUAGAAAGACUGUCACAUCUUUAAUACAGCGUCAAUAAUUUCUUAGUUCCACGAUGUAAACAAUUUUUUCUAGUCUAUCACGGUCUCUAGUCUUGGGAAAGUUUUUCAUUUAUAAAAAAAAAAAAUACCUUAUAAUAUUAUAUAAUGCAAUAAUUAUAAUAUUCGAACCGAAAACCAUUGGGAACCAUUUGAGACCUGUUAAAAUAAGACUUAUAGUGUUAUUCGAAGGGUUAAGAAAACAAACGGAUCAACCCGAUUUAUUUCGUUUAACUAAUAGUUCUAGAUAAUAAGAGACUAAUAUCUGUAAAAAAAAAUCGGGAAAAUUACGUUUUGAAGGUAUAAGAUGUCAAAUAAUUUUCAUUUUAUUUUAAAAUAUACUCUUUGAUUCGACGUAACGAUUCGAUCCGUUUGGUUUCCAAACCUUUUAUUUAUUAUUAUUAUUAUUAUUAUUAUUAUUAUUAUUAUUAUUAUUAGUGUAAAUGAGUACCUAUUCUACUAUAAUUUUGUAAUUUUUAAAUAUAUUUAUUUGUAUAAUAUCGUAUAGUUUUAACGAAAUCGUAUACACUAGAUAUUAGAUAAGUAGGUUUGAUAAUGUUCUGCGAUUGUUAUUGAGUCAUUGUCGUUGUCGCCGCCGAUGCUACUGGUGUUGUCACCACAUAUUAACAUAGGUGUAAACACCCUACUAAGAUUUUUCUAAAAGGUACGCCGAAAUUUUAUUGUAUAUGUGUGACAAGUCUGCUGAAUAACGAUGACUCAAUGACGGACAUAGAACCGUAAUGAAUGUACUAAGAUAAGCCUACCUAAUUGCACCAAAAAUAAUAUGUAUAAAAAAACCAACUGUUUAGUGUAAAUACUCUACAUUUUUUAAACUAUUCUAUUAAGUUUCACUCGCUUAUUAUUGUUGUACCUUAGGCAGUUGAUUUUUUUUUUU